UCAUCUGGCACGACAGCGGGCACCGAGUCACCAAGCUCGACAGCGGGCACCGAGUCAUCUGGCACGACAGCGGGCACCGAGUCAUCUGGCACGACUGCAGGCACCGGGUCACCAAGCUCAACAGCAGGCACCGAGUCAUCUGGUAGAACAGCGGGCACCGAUUCACCAGGCCGGACCACGGGCACCAAGGCACCAGGCCGGACCACGGGCACCGAGGCACCAGGCCGGACCACGGGCACCGAGGCACCAGGCCGGACCAUGGGCACCGAGGCACCAGGCUGGAUCGGGUCAUCAGGCUGGAUCACGGACACCGUGUCAUCAGGCUGGAUCGCCGGAUCGGGUCAUCAGGCUGGAUCACGAACACCGGGUCAUCAGGCUGGAUCG